GUUUCAACUCAAAUAUAGUUUAUUCAAUUGUCUAAGUUAUCAUUCAGUGAGAUGAAAACAUUCUAUUGGUGAUGAUCAAAUAGAGAGUUUUCUGUGUGAUCUGUGUUGUGCAAAAUUUGAAAAUAAUUUUUUUUAUCUGAAUAUUCGAAUACAUCAAAAUGAAAAUGUUUUCGAAGCGGGUGUUUUUGAUUUGUUUAUUUUUUCUAAUUGGUGGAACCAAAAGUCAAAUUCCACAAUCAACUGUUUAUGAUUUAUUUAAUUUAAUAUUUGAAUCUGCUUUUGGUAUUGAUUCAUACGAAAAUGCAAAGGUGUGUCCAGGCAUUUGCAUGCCAGCUCAAACGGCCAUUUUUUGUCCGGGAGUACUCGAUCAGGUUCAAUGUUAUACGCCGAACGCUUUAUGUUGUGUUAGACGAGGCACUCCUUAUGAGCCACACAAAAAACAAAAUCAAUCGCCUGCAAGUGAUUUGAACAAAUCAGGAAUGCAUUCAAAUAAUUCAAGUAGCCAAAAUGAUUCGACAGACACUUGUCCUGGAUAUUGCAUGUUGAAUACUUUGGAAGAUUCGUGUGAAAGCCCAGCUGUCAUAAUACCCCAUACUUCAAAUUGCGUUCAAGAUACCGUUUGCUGUGAUAAUACACGAGUACCGGUAACACCACGGCCCACGAAACGACCACGUCCAACAACACAAGCACCAACCGUUUCAUGGUCUGGCCUAACUGAUGCAAGAAAAGAGUGCCCGGGUAUAUGUAUAGCUAACUUAGUUCGAUUUACAUGCUACGGAAAUGCUGAGAUAACCGACCUCUUUAAAUGCAGAAGACCAACAACCGUUUGCUGCGCAGCUAAAGAAGUGGUACACGAAACAUUAUUCGCGAUAUAUCAGAAUGAACCAAUACCUCUAGGGGUACAUUCGCAUUCGCAUGGACACGAUUCAGCACAGAAAAUCGGAGACACCGAUUUAAAUAAAGGCGAAGAAUUAAUGUGCCCAGGUGUCUGUGUCGAGAAUCAAUUUACUGAGUAUUGCGAGGCUUAUUUGGCCACCAGUGGCAUGUGCGAAUCAGGCUCAAAAUGUUGCGUAUCAAAAGAGAAAUAUAAGGGCAAACUAACUGAUUUACGUACACCAAUUUGGAAUAAUACUUCAUUGAUACCCUUGAAUACCGCCCAGCUAAUUGCUUUAAUUGAUAAAACGGAUGCAGUAACAAAAACUUCUAAGCCAACCGAAACUGAUUUGAAAAAAGAUACCGAAUUAAAUGCAGCGGCUUUAAAUACAAAAACCCAACAUUCCAACACAUCUCCAGAAAUGAAUUUAGUUAAAAAAAUCGAAGAAUCAACAGAAAAAUAAAGAUUUCUUACGCAAUCUUUAAGUCAUUUACAUUUAAAUCGUUGACACAACACCAAUUUUUCUUGUAAAAAAACACUAACUUAAACGUACAAAUAAAAUUGUCAAAAAUCACC